AUGCUGGAUGCCACUAAUAAAGAGAAGGCUGAGGUAGAAUUGGAGCUGGCGAUAGAGACAGAAGAACUGAAGCAUGAGGAAAAAGAGAAGAAACAUGAAGAUAAAGAUGUUGAGAUUCUUCAAAAAACAGAUAGAGAUGUGAAGGGAGGCGAAGAGAAAGAGAAAAAGAAGGAUGAAGAUGAUGAAGAAGACGGCAAAGAAGGCGAGAGAAAUAAAAAAUGUAAAGACCCCAUCAAGCCUGAGGAAAAAGAGGAGAAACAUAGAGACAAAGAUAAAGAUGUCGAGGGAGACAGAGAAAGAAGAAGGAUAAAGAAGGGAAAGAAAAGAAAAAGAAGGAUAAAGAAGAGGAAGAAGAAGAAAAAAGUGAAGGAUCACGACACGAAAGAAGAGAAAGAAGGGAAGAAAGACAACGAGAAGAAGAAGAAGAAAAAGGAUAAAGAUCAUAAAGAAGACAAAGGUGAGGGGAAGAAUAAAUGCAAAGACCCUAUCAAGCUAAAACGAAUACUAGAGAGAGCUAAUAACAGAAUAGAAGCCCUUAUCGCAAGAAAGGCCUACAUCGAAAGGAUGAUUAAAGAAGCAGAGGAGCAACAGAUAAGUGAAGCCACAGUUACCCGUGAAGCUGCAGUUGCAGUCGAGAAGCAGAUCAACGAAGCUGCUUCUUCAGAGGUCACUGAAACCGCACCCUAA